AUGGACGCAGCACUCAUGGUGUCUGUCUCUCUGCUUGGACUGGCUCUUGUCCUGCUCUCCUUCCCUGAGCGUGUUUCACUGAGCAGAGUAUUUGACAACACCUCAGGAUCUGUGUAUCCAGGAUCUGUCUUUGUGAAGGAGGCUCUUCAGAGGGCCAUCAAGCUGACUGAUGCUGCUUACGCCCGCACAAGUGAAAGGGUGAAGAAGUCUCUGUCUGAAGGCGCUCUGAGACCCAGUGACCUGCUGGCCCAGUUCAAACAGACUGAAGCCAGAACCAGGACUCAGAUCCGAGCGGCCGAGCUGCUGGACAACACGGUGGAGCUGAUCAGAGAGAUGGUGUACACCCACACCAUGGUGCAGCCCGACCCAAAGGAGCUUCUGAGUGACAUGGACAUGGAGGAGCUGCUGCAGGUGACCGGCUGCUCCACUGAGCUGCAGAGACCCAGCUGUGAGUCCGACUGUCUGUCCGAGCGCUACAGGUCCGUCACGGGAGAGUGCAACAACAGACAGAAUCCCAGAUGGGGGGCUGCAAACAUCCCAUAUUCCCGCUGGCUGCCUGCCGAGUAUGAGGAUGCGUGGGGGGUGCCCAGAGGCUGGGACCCUCAGCACACCUACAAUAACGCCACUCUGCCUCCAGUGCGGAGGGUGUCUCAGGAGGUUCUGUUCACUCACAACGACAACAUCUCUCUGGACUCGGCCCUGUCCCACCUGCUGGUGGAGUGGGGUCAGUGGAUCGACCACGACGUGGUGCUGACCCCUCAAAGCCCCAGCACUGCCGCCUUCAGGACCGGAGCGGACUGCACACGCACCUGCAGCCGGGACGCACCCUGCUUCCCCAUACAGAUCCCUCUGUCAGAUCCUCGCAACGGGGUCCAGAGUUGCAUGCCCUUCUUCCGCUCUGCUCCCAGCUGUGUCCCGUCUUACCGCCACCGAGAGCAGCUCAACGCCAUCACCUCCUUCGUGGACGCCAGCAUGGUGUACGGCAGCUCCAGCGGCCUGGCCUCGGCCCUGAGGAACAGCUCCUGUCAUCUGGGCUCCAUGACCCUCAACUCCCAGCACUCAGACCAGGACCUGGCCUACAUGCCUUUCCUGCCGCGCCUGCAGGCUCAUCUGGACCCCUGCGGCCCCCGAAACUCCUCCAGCUCUCGGGCAUCGGACAGAUCCAGCCACCAGGGGAACACCACAUCCUGCUUUCAAGCUGGUGAUUCCAGAGCGAAUGAGCACCUGGGUAUGAUCGCUCUGCACACACUCUUUCUGAGAGAGCACAACCGGCUGGUCAGAGAGCUGCACCUGCUCAACCCUCACUGGAGCCCGGACACACUCUACCAGGAGGCCCGCAAGAUCAUGGGAGCCAUCCACCAGAUCCUCACAUGGGAGCACUACCUCCCGCGGGUCCUCGGUGAGAGCACCAUGUCUCGCCUGAUGCCUCCCUACGAGGGUUACGACCCUGAGGUGGAUCCCAGCAUCGCUAACGCCUUCGCUGCUGCCGCUUUCCGUUUUGCCCACGUCACCGUGCAUCCAGUGGUGACCAGGCUGGGUCCGGGAUACACCCCUAACUCCCAGCAUCCUCCGCUGCCACUGCAUCAUUCACUGUUUGCCUCUUGGAGGGUCGUGCAGGAAGGUGGUAUAGACCCUGUGCUGCGUGGUCUGUUGCUGUCUCCGGCCAAGCUGCAGACCCCCGGGCAGAUGAUGGUGGAGGAGCUGACGGAGAGGCUGUUUCAGGCUCAGGGGGGGAUGCCUCUGGACCUCGGGGCCCUUAACCUGCAGAGGGGCCGGGAUCACGGCCUGCCUGGAUACGGCUCGUGGAGGAAGUCCUGCAGCCUCUCUGUUCCCAACACCACAUCAGACCUGGCAGAACUCCUGGGAAACUUCACGUUGGCUCACAAACUGCAGCUCCUGUAUGGGACGCCGCAGAACAUCGAUAUGUGGGUGGGGGCGAUCUCUGAGCCCGCUCUGCCCGGAGGAAGAGUCGGACCGCUGCUGUCCUGCCUGCUGGCGAGACAGUUCAGAGCGCUGAGGGACGGGGACAGGUUCUGGUGGGAGGUGGAGGGAGUGUUCAGCAGCUCCCAGAGGAGACACCUCCACGCCGUCUCUCUGUCCCGCAUCAUAUGUGACAACAGCCGCAUCACUCACGUCCCCGUUGACCCCUUCUCACGCACCGAGAGGCCAGAGGACAUGCUGCCCUGUUCUCACCCGCUCAUCACCCACCUCGACCUCAGCCCGUGGAAAGAACCAGACACAGAUCCCAGCUGUGGUCCCAUACCCAGGAUUCAGUCUGGCUACUCUCUUCUCUGUGGCUCUGUGAUUCUGUUUCAGUGUCACUCUGGCUUCAAGCUGCUGGGAUCUUCAUCCAUCAGCUGUGAUCCAAACAGCCAGCAGUGGAGCCCCACACCCCCAACAUGUCAAGAUAUAAACGAAUGUGAAGAGCAAACUUCUGUCUGCCCACAAAACUUGGAGUGUCUCAACACGCCAGGCUCCUUUAUCUGCUCAGACCCCUCCUCGCUGUCGGUCGUCUCUGUCGUCGCUGCAGUGAUAGUGGUGAUCGGUAGUGUGGCCGCACUGAUAGUUAUCAUGAUCUUUUAUCGAAGAUAUUUCCCCAAGAAAGAAGAGUUGGUCAAUGCUGGAUGUUGCCAGGGGAAAAGUUAAAAAAAGAGUUUGGUAAAUGUAUGUUCGUUCUCUAUCAGUAUGUUAUAUAAAAACUAACUUACAGUAUUCAUUAUUUCAAGUUGCAAACAGUGUAUAUUGAUCUGUGUAGAGGUAGAAUGUUUUCUCGUUUUAAUUUAUAAUAACCAUAUAACACUAAGGUGUGAUAAUCAUUUUACAACAGUUUGUAUCGCUGAUUGUACUCAUUCAUUUACUGCAAGUCUAACUACUUAUUAAUUAAGGUUGUAAUCUGUGUGAUGAGGUCAUGAAAACAGAAUAACAAGCUUACCAAAGACCUUUUAAAUCCGGAUGCUGAAAUCUUACAGGAAUGUCAGCUCCAAAAACAGAUUUUCAUACCACAAAGCCCCUCCGAGCGGUUCCCUGUGCCUGAAUCCUGCUUACAAAUCUGUUAAAUAGCGGUGUUUCAGAGCGUUUAUUACCGGGGGUUACCCGGCUGUUCCUGCCCACGACCUUAAUCGAAAGACAGAUCAGCGCCAUGCCCUUAAGGAAGUACAGAUGGCAGUUUAUGGCCAUUCUGAGCUGGGGCAGGGGGCUAUAUUUAGAGAAAAGCCUCUAAAACUAAAUGUAUGAAAAACUAGAAUUACAAUUAUUUUACGAUUUCUUGAGUUAUGGCCACAAAGAUGUUUUGUGAGGUCACAGUGACCUCCAAAUUUGAAGAUAUGUCCCUCAAGGCAUUCCUUAAAUGAGUCUUAGACGAACAGACAAGAAAACAUAAAUACCUCCAGCCAUAAAAACUCAGAUAUGAUUAGAUAUUAAAGUGGAACAUUUUACAAGAAAUUCUCAAAAACGUUUAAAUAAAGUCAAAGAAUUUGAGUUUUUUGUGUCAAGGAAACACAUUGGCUGGUUCAGUUUCAUCUCAAAUGCCAUGAGUAAACAAGGAGUUUUUUCUUGAAUAUCAACCUACAAUUUGACAAAU